UUGCGUCCUUGCGAGCGUGCGUGCGUGAGCGCGCGCCCCGCCCUCUCUGCCUUCUUAUACAGCCGCAGCCGGCCCCCGCUUGGACGAGGCGACAUGGCGGCCGCGCUGCUGCUGGCGCUGGGCUUCACGCUCCUGGGAGGCCAAGGCGCCUUGGCGGCGGCGGGCACCAUCACAACCUCUGUCCGUGACGUUGGCUCCAAGACACACCUUACCUGCUCUUUGAACAGCAGUGGCGUCGACAUUGUUGGCCACCGCUGGAUGAGGGGUGGCCAAGUGCUGCAGGAGGACACGUUGCCCGACCUGCAGAUGCAGUACACGGUGGACACACAUGACCGCUCUGGUACAUAUUCCUGCAUCUUUCUCCCUGAGCCUGUGGGCAGAAGUGACAUCGAUGUGGAGGGGCUACCCCGGAUCAGGAGUGUAAAGAAGUCAGAGCAUGGCAGUGAAGGAGAGAAUGCGAAGCUGGUCUGCAAGUCUGACUCCUCUCACCCUCCUAUCAAUGAGUGGGCGUGGUUUAAGAUCUCUGACUCUGGGGACCAGCCCAUCACUAAUACCUCUGACUACAAGUAUGCUGUGAGUUCCACACCUGAGAAGACAGAGCUGACCAUCAGCAAUCUGGACAUAAAUACUGACGCCGGCACCUAUGCCUGUAACGCCACCAACUCCCAGGGCAGUGUGCAGGAGACCAUCACCCUGCGUGUGCGCAGCCGCCUGGCUGCCCUCUGGCCCUUCCUGGGCAUUGUGGCUGAGGUCCUGGUGUUGGUCACCAUCAUCUUUAUCUAUGAGAAGCGGCGGAAGCCAGACCAGCCCCUGGACGAGGAUGACCCCGGCACCGCCCCACUGAAGGGCAGCGGGCUUCACAUGAAUGACAAGGACAAGAAUGUACGCCAGAGGAACGCCACCUGAGUGGCAGGGCAGGUGGGGGAGCGCCAGGGUGCCUGACCUCAGCGUCUGCCUCCACUACUGUGUCCCAUCCCGUCCCCACCUGAGCCAACCCAGCCUGACUCCCUGUCCCAGCCCGGGUGAAGAAGCCUCACCUUGCAGAAAGCCUACCUGGAAGAAACGAGCCACCUGCAGCACCCCUGUCUCUAGUUUAAACUAAAUGAGGGUCUCUGCAGAGUCCAUUCCUUAGGGGGUUCUGUUUUUAUUUUUCCUUCCCUUUUAAGCGUGUCACUACAGCCCUGUGGAGUGGGGAAAUGGGGCCUGUCCUUGGUCAUGAGGGAGAGGCCAGGGCAAGCUGACUUGCCACCACUUGCUCCCUUGUAUGGGACUGCCCAUUCCCACCAUAGGCAACAUGGCUGGGCCUGCUGGGACCCCACAAAUAAAGACCUACCCCACCA